AUGUCUCCCCCGUUCGUGAGGGAAUCCUCGUCGCGACGCGUGUCACCCCGCGUCACCUCUCCCGGCGGCGGCGGCAGAGUCCGGUUGAGGGACGAGCACGCACCUCUAAUAGUGAACGUGCUAUUUUUAGCACUUCCGUUCGCUCUCCCCGGCUGCUGCAUAAAGAUUCCUGUGAAAAAAGCCAAGCUUGAUGGAGCCCAAGACAAGUUUAACACCUAUGUGACGCUGAAGGUCCAAAAUGUGAAGAGCACCACCAUUGCCGUCCGCGGCAACCUGCCCAGCUGGGAGCAGGACUUCAUGUUUGAGAUCAACCGGUUGGAUCUGGGCCUGACGGUGGAGGUGUGGAAUAAGGGGCUGAUCUGGGACACCAUGGUGGGCACGGUCUGGAUCCCGCUCCGCAGCAUACGCCAGUCCAAUGAGGAGGGCCCGGGGGAGUGGCUGACUCUGGACUCCCAGGUCAUCAUGGCCGACAACGAGAUCUGCGGAACUAAAGAACCCACGUUCCACCGCGUCCUGCUGGACACGCGCUUCGAGCUGCCGCUUGACAUCCCAGAGGAGGAGGCUCGGUACUGGGCUAAAAAACUGGAACAGCUCAACGCCAUGAGGGACCAGGAUGUGAGUUUCUCUGUUGAACAGGAGAGACCACUACCAGUGCCAAGCACACAAUGCUGUAAUUGGAGUCUAUGGGGAGACCAGCAAAACGAGGACCCAGACAGCGCGGUGGACGACCGGGACAGCGACUACCGCAGCGAGACCAGCAACAGCAUCCCGCCCCCGUUCUACACCACGUCCCAGCCCAACGCCUCCGUCCACCAGUACCCCAUGGGCACCAGCCACCGCUCCUCCACCCGCGACUCCUACUCGCGCUCCACCAACAGCUGCGACCUCGACUACGACCAGCAAAGGGGCAUCAGUCCCACUGGUAGCUACGCUUCGUCUGCGGAGCUGAGUCGCUGCAGCUCCCAGCUGAGCGAAGAGUUUGCCGGCGACUACGUUGAGCGAGAACUCUACGACGAGAACGACUCCUACCACUCCUGCCACUCGUCCGUCAGCUACAGCAAGGGCUCGCCCGACUGGGACCCCGACGAGACGCACGUGCCCGGUGCCUACUCGGACGAGGGUGGCUACAGCAAAGAUGGCGGAGAGGAAGGCGCACUCUACGAGGAGGAGGACGGCGACCUCCUCUACGGUGCGGACGACCUCUAUGAGGGCGAGGAGGAGGAGGUCAUGUACGAGGACGAAGAGCUGGACUACCCGCUGGACGGCACGCUCAGCGAGGACCAGGAGCCGCCCUACACGCCCACACCCACCGGCACCACAUCCAGGACACUCGACGUGCCCCCGGGUGGCACCGCCAACACUUCCGCUGCCAAUGCCGCCGCCUCUAGGCCCCCGCUGGAGAAACAGGCCUCCAUGCAUGAGCCCCACCCUCCACAAGGGCCAACUGCCCCAGGCCAGCCUCCGGCACAGACUCAGAACCAGAACCAGGGCCAGGGCCCAGGCCAGCCCGGACCCCCCCGCACUGCCCAGCCUCAGCAGCAGCCCACCAAGCCCCCCGCCCAGGCUGCACCACCACCACAGCCGGCCUCCACAGGCCCCAUCCCCUCCCCGGUGCCAGAGGAGCCGCGUGAACCUGUGGACCCUGCGGUCCGUGCUAAAGAGAACUGGCUAAGGAUCUUCAACAAGGUCCGCCAGCAGCUGCAGGAGGAACGUGGAGAAACCUCCCAGUCUCUGUGGUUUAAAGGGGGAAUGAUGGGAGGGGCGUUGUACAGUAUUGACAGCAUGCCGGACCUGCGCAAGAGGAAGGCCAUCCCACUGGUCAGAGACCUGUCUCUGGUCCAGAACUCACGCAAAGCAGGCAUCACCUCUGCCAUGGCCAGCAGCACUCUAAACAAUGAGGAACUGAAGAGCCACGUGUACAAGAAGACGCUGCAGGCUCUGAUCUACCCCAUCUCCUGCACCACGCCGCACAACUUCGAGGUGUGGACGGCCACCACGCCCACCUACUGCUACGAGUGCGAGGGCCUGCUGUGGGGCAUCGCCCGCCAGGGCAUGCGCUGCUCCGAGUGCGGCGUCAAGUGCCACGACAAGUGCCAGGACCUGCUCAACGCAGACUGCCUGCAGAGAGCAGCGGAGAAGAGUUCUAAGCACGGUGCGGAGGACCGGACGCAGAACAUCAUCAUGGUUCUGAAGGAUCGCAUGAAGAUCCGUGAGCGGAACAAGCCGGAGAUCUUCGAGCUCAUUCAGGAGGUCUUCGCUAUAGAGAAGGGAAUCCAUGGGGCACAGAUGAAAACCACCAAACAGAGUGUGCUCGAUGGGACCUCCAAGUGGUCCGCCAAGAUCAGCAUCUGUGUGGCGUGUGCACAGGGUCUGCAGGCGAAGGACAAGACGGGCUCCAGUGACCCCUACGUGACCGUACAGGUGGGCAAGACCAAGAAGAGGACCAAGACCAUCUACGGCAACCUAAACCCAGUCUGGGACGAGAGCUUCCACUUUGAGUGCCAUAACUCGUCGGACCGUAUUAAAGUGCGUGUGUGGGACGAGGACGAUGACAUCAAGUCCCGUGUGAAGCAGCGCUUCAAGAGGGAGUCUGACGACUUCCUGGGUCAGACCAUCAUCGAGGUGCGCACCCUCAGUGGAGAGAUGGACGUCUGGUAUAACCUGGAUAAGCGUACUGAUAAGUCUGCUGUGUCUGGAGCAAUCAGGAUGCACAUCAACGUGGAGAUCAAAGGAGAAGAGACUGUGUCCCCCUACCAUGUGCAGUACACAUGUCUACAUGAGCACAUCUUCCACUACAUGACGGAGGAGAAGAAUGCCGGGGCGGUGGUCAUCCCAGACGCUAAGGGCGAUGACGCCUGGAAGGUGUACUACGACGAGACGGCACAGGAGAUCGUGGACGAGUUCGCCAUGCGCUACGGUGUCGAGUCCAUCUACCAGGCCAUGACUCAUUUUGCGUGCCUGUCGUCUAAGUACAUGUGCCCGGGCGUCCCUGCGGUAAUGAGCACGCUGCUGGCCAACAUCAACGCCUACUACGCCCACACCACCCAGUCCUCCAACAACGUCUCCGCCUCGGACCGCUUCGCUGCGUCCAACUUCGGGAAAGAGAGGUUCGUGAAGCUCCUGGAUCAACUGCACAACUCCUUGAGGAUUGACCUCUCCAUGUACAGGAAUAAUUUCCCUGCCAGUAGUCCAGAGAGACUGCAGGAUCUGAAGUCCACAGUGGACCUGUUGACCAGUAUCACCUUCUUUAGGAUGAAGGUCCAGGAGCUGCAGAGUCCCCCGAGGGCGAGCCAGGUGGUGAAGGACUGUGUGAAGGCCUGUCUCAACUCCACCUAUGAGUACAUCUUCAACAACUGCCACGAGCUCUACGGUCGCGAGUACCAGACCGACCCGUCGAAGGCGGUUCCUUCUGAGGAGCAGGGCCCCAGCAUCAAGAACUUGGACUUCUGGUCCAAACUGAUCACCCUCAUCGUGUCCAUCAUUGAGGAGGACAAAAACUCAUACACACCCUGUCUCAACCAGUUCCCUCAGGAGCUCAAUGUGGGCAAGAUCAGCGCUGAAGUGAUGUGGAACAUGUUUGCUCAGGACAUGAGAUAUGCCAUGGAGGAGCAUGAGAAGAACCGUCUGUGCAAGAGUGCUGACUACAUGAAUCUGCACUUUAAAGUCAAGUGGCUCUAUAACGAGUACUGUAAGGAGCUGUCCACCUUCCAGAAACGAGUUCCAGAAUAUCCUGCGUGGUUUGAGCCAUUCGUCAUUAUGUGGUUGGAUGAGAAUGAGGAAGUGUCCAGAGAUUUCCUCCAUGGGGCCUUAGUGAGGGACCAGAAAGAUGGAUUCCAGGUGACGUCUGAGCACGCUCUGUUCUCCUGCUCCGUGGUGGACGUCUUCUCCCAGCUGAACCAGAGCUUUGAGAUCAUCCGCAAGCUGGAGUGCCCCGACCCGCAGAUAGUGGGCACCUACAUGAAGAGAUUCGCCAAGACAAUUGGCAAUGUCCUUGUAUCCUAUGCUGACAUCAUCACCAAGGACUUCCCUAAUCAUUGUUCCAAGGAGAAAGUGCCUUGCAUCAUCAUCAAUAACAUCCAGCAGCUCCGAGUUCAACUGGAGAAGAUGUUUGAAGCCAUGGGAGGAAAAGAUCUGAACGUGGAGGCCAGUGACUUUAUGAAGGAUCUGCAGGUGAAGUUGAAUAAUGUGAUGGAUGACCUCAGCCGAGUCUUUGCUGUCAGUUUCCAGCCCCACAUCGAGGAAAAGGUGCGCGAGAUGGGAGAUAUCCUGAGCCAGGUUAAGGGCACCAACGUCCCUGCCAACGGCAACGGCGCCAUCGCCGCAGAUGCAGACAAUGUGCUCCAGCCCAUCAUGGACUUCCUGGACAGCAAUCUGUCUCUGUUUGCUAAGAUCUGUGAAAAGACAGUACUGAAGAGAGUCCUUAAGGAGCUGUGGAAGCUGGUCAUGAACACCAUGGAGAAAACCGUUGUGCUGCCCCAACUCUCUGACCAAACGGGCACACAACUCAUCUUUAAUGCUGCCAAGGAGCUCGGUCAGCUCUCCAAACUCAAGGAGCACAUGGGACGAGAGGAGGCCAAAGCCCUGACGCCCAAGCAGUGUGCGGUCAUCGAGCUCGCCCUGGACACUAUUAAGCAAUACUUCCACGCGGGUGGAGUGGGUCUGAAGAAGACCUUCCUGGAGAAGAGCCCCGACCUGCAGUCGCUGCGCUACGCCCUGUCCCUCUACACGCAGGCCACCGACAAGCUCAUCCGCAAGUUCAUCCAGUCACAGCACACUCAGGUCUUCGGAGGUAAAGGGAAAAGGUACACAGCCAACGAGGAGACUUUACCAGAGAAAGCCUCAGGAGUGGAUGACCAGGUUGGAGAGGUCUGCAUGAAUGUAGAGCUCUUCACCGACCCAGGAAAUGGAGCCAACAAAAUCAACAUCAAAGUGGUGGCAGCCAAUGACCUGCGCUGGCAGACCCGUCCAUUCCGCCCGUUCGUUGAGGUCUACAUCAUUGGUCCUCACCUGAGCGACAAGAAGCGCAAGUUCGCCACCAAGUCCAAGAACAACGCCUGGUCGCCCAAGUUCGCUGAAACCUACCAGUUUACCCUGGGUACAGAGCUGGGCCCUGAGGACUAUGAGAUGCAGGUGGCGGUGAAGGACUACUGCUUUGCGCGUGAGGACCGUACGGUGGGCAUGACGGUGCUGCAGCUGCGGGAGUUCACGUCGCGAGGCAACGCCACCUGCUGGCUGCCGCUGGGGAAGCGCGUGCACAUGGACGAGACGGGCCUCACCGUGCUGCGUAUCCUCUCGCAGCGCAACAACGACGAGGUGGCCAAGGAGUUCGUCAAGCUCAAGUCCGACCAGCGCUCAGCCGAGGAGGGCCGUGCCAGCUAAGGGGCCGACCGUCGCCCCGGCAACAAGACCCCCCCCCCCAGCCAUGCCCCUCAUCUGAUGGACGGCCCCAAUGACCUUUGACCUUUCUUGAUGCCACUCCCCGAACUCCCCGCACCUUUUCGUCGCCCCUGAUUCCACACCUCUGGGUUCUGUUGGGGUCGGGGAUGGCACAGGACAAGAGGGCUCAAAAGGUCAUACCUGCCCCUGGUGACCCCUAGGGGUUGCCCCUGGCAACAUCCGAGAAUAUGUGCAAUACACACGUGAAUGCAGAUUCUCUAUCUCUCACACACACAUACAUGCACAUAUGG